CUACAUUCUUGCUCACUCAUAGAAACAUUCUGCAGACCAGAAAUCGAUCACUGGAGUGAGCAAAGAGAGAAGGCCUGUGAUGGAGUCAUUUUGGAUAUGUGUUAUUGUCCAAAAAGGAAAGAAUUUGCCUAUUCCUCCAGUGAUGGAAAAGUUUAUAUACGUCAUUUUGGAGUAGCCAGUUCUGAGAUGACCCUUGUAAAUAUUUUAAAGGGGCAUGAAGCAGAGGUCACCACAGUCGUGUGGCAUCACCUUGUAGACAAGUGGAUCACUGGCUCUGAAGAUGGAACUAUUAGAAUAUGGAGUGCAGAAGGAGCUCUAUGUGAGAAGAUCCUGCACACUAAAAAGGAGUAGUAACUUGUAUCUGCAUUGACCAGAUGAAUGGAUGCAUUGCCGCAGGUGUGCAAGAUACAAUCAGGGUUUAUGAUCCAGACUCUCUACUUCAGGUUCAGUUUAACACUGGACAUACAGACCUUAUCCGGUCCCUCAUCCACAUUCCAGAGAUGAAGCAGUAUGUUACAGUGUCAUGGGACAGGACAAUGAGAAUAUGGAAGGCUUAUCACAAAGUCAACAACCAACAACAAAUACCUUGA